GAGCGCUUAGUAUGAGCGAGCGCUCUUGCGUUUAAAGUGCCCUAGUUAUGCCCCCUCUCUCUGUGUGGCAGUUAUUUGGAGCGCGACCGCUGAGUCACGCCCAGCGGCGAGAACGUAAGCCCCAGUAGUUCACUGUAAAAAAAAAAAAAAAGGGAAAAACACAGCGGCUGGUGAAUGUCGUCAUAGCGACGUAAAGCCCGAGCCGAGGCGAGUUAGCGUUAGCUGAACAGCAGCGGGAGACGGAGGAGCGGCGGAGGCUGGAGCGAAGCAGGAGGACCGCGGGGAGAAAUGCUCGAGUUCGGGUCAGUUUUCCGGGCGGCGGGUAACGUUAUCUGCUGCUGCUGAGAGAGAGACAGAGGGUCGGUGGAUGGACACGGGGUUUCAGCGGCUCUGACUGCAUGCUGAGCGGCUAGCGGCGGUAACGGGACACGGAGGCUUCUCUCUAUGCUGGUUCCCCUCACUCUCUCCUCCAUGUUGCCGUGUGUGCGGAGAGCCCUGCAGCCCACGCUGCUCAGGGUCCUUAGGCCACCUCUGUGUGCAGCCAAGGGCCACGCUGCCAGUCUGGGCACACACGCCCGCAAGGAGCCUGUGGAGCCUUUGACUUCACCACAGGGAGCACGAGACUUUAUCUACGGCCUGCAUCCGUCUGAGCGUUCAUGCCUGCUGCGCGAACUGCACCGCUUUGAGUCUAUAGCCAUCGCUCAAGAGCAGCUGGAAAUGGCUCCCCCAACUGCAGCUCAGCUCAGAUAUGUUCUGCUUCACAAUGCUAUCCCCUUUGUUGGCUUCGGCUUCCUGGACAAUGCCAUCAUGAUUGUUGCGGGCACACAGAUCGAGCUGUCCAUAGGAGUGAUCUUGGGCAUCUCAACCAUGGCAGCUGCUGCACUGGGAAACCUGGUAUCAGACUUGGCUGGACUUGGUCUUGCAGGUUAUGUGGAAGCUCUGGCUUGCAGGCUUGGCAUGCAGAUUCCGGAUCUGAGUCCCAAACAGGCUGAUAUGUGGCAAACCAGAGUCAGCUCUCAUACCGGCAAAGCCAUCGGAGUGGGCAUCGGCUGCAUCCUAGGCAUGUUUCCCCUCCUCUUCUUCAAAGAUGAUGAUGAGAAGAAAAAAGAGGGAGGGGAAGAGCAGACAUCUUCUCCUGCUGUCACCUCCAAAAGCGCAUGAGGAGAACGAACUGCUGCUCCUCCUGUAAAUGAAAGAACCCUGGUUGAACCAUUCCUCGAGCUGCUGAUUGCAGCAUCAUUUCACCCUGUUGCAGCAGGCACUCCAUCUCCAACUAACACCAUGCGCAUGGAUUUCUUCAACAGAGUCAUUGUUCUGGAACUCUGAGGUACUUGGGUCAGACUUUCAGGCAGCACACAGUUCCUGAGGUAUUGAAUGAGCAAAUGAGCUUCCUUCAGCCAUUCAAGCUGAUGCUUCAAUUAUUUAUAUAUAUUUUUUGUGAGUUCCUCCUUCAGGAUUUAUAACCGAAAUGUCAUCAGGUGUGGGUGAAGGUCACGCUGACAGCCCAUAAAGAACUGUAAAGCCGACAGGCCAGCAGGGGUGCAGAACACUGGGGUGUCACUAGAGACACAGCGAAUUCAGUCAGAGGGCCCUAUCUUACACCCUGCGCAAGGUGUAUUGUGAUGCCCAUUGUUAUUUUACACCCCACCAACAGCCUGCGCCAUUAAAGUAGCUUCGGAGCUUGUGAAUAUAUCUACGCCAAUAGACAUGGUGGUCUGAAAGUGAGGUUUGUUCAGAUAAAUUUCUGGUGUAUUGCUAUCUUGGCAAUGUAAAACACAGGUGCACCACUGUCUAAAAUUAACCUAGAUAACAGUAAUUAUUCAGAUGUUCAUUGCUAACUUGGCAAUGCAGGCGCUGGAGGUGCCUAAUGGGGGUACACCCCCACUUGUUACAUCCACAAGGACAUGCAGCAGUGCACAAACCCAACUUUUACAUCCACAAUAAACAGAAUACAAAAUUAAAUCAUAAAAAACAUUGCUGUUCCUAUAAAUGACCUGUUUGUGCACCUUCACAGCGUAAACAAGCAGGUCAGUUUCCUCUGCUGAGAAGCAAAGAAAGCAGCACUGCGCCGUUAAAAUAGCUCUCCGCUAAAGCCAGAGCGCACCUGGCUGUUAAAUGGAAUGAGAGGUGACAAACAGAUUGGUUUAUUACACGUUACACCCAAAACACACCCAUUUUAAUUAAUUAAGAGGAAUAAGUAUGAGCCUUUUGUGCAUUUCGUGCCGUAUGAGGUGUACUUUUCCUGACGCUAUGAUAGCAAAGACACACUGGCACGCGCCGUAAAUCAAGCUAAGAGGUGUAAGGUUUACGACUCACCUAUAGAUGUACUAAAAUAGGGCCCAAAGCUGCUAACAUGUUUAACAUGGCUAACCGUGAAUAAUGACUUUUGGAAAGCAUUUAGCAUGAGCUACUUUGCGUAAUGCUGGCAUGUAGUACUUUUUAUAUUUAUUUUAUUUUUUUCUUUUAAGUGUUUUGUUUCUUACAAGUGUGCAGUAUUUGAUUUGUGAAAGUAGAGAUACUUUGAAUCAAGAAGAGACACAUUUAGAGUUUUUAGAUUAGCUAAUUUACUUGAAAUAUUUGAACUGACAUGUACUGUUAAGUUAUUUGAAUUGUGGAUUGAAUUGUUACUCCUGUUCUUGCUGUUAAUUUGAAUGGACUGAGUUGUUAAAUUUGUGUUUGAGCGCUUUCUUUUUGUUGUCAGCAAAAAAUAAGGAACUUCAGCCUCCAAGCUCUAGAAUUCAUGUCUUCUUUAGGAACCGCCUCCUAUUUGAGUGUGUCUGCAGCUGUGUUGGAACCUGAUACUGCCAUUGGAUAAACUGUUGUAUCAUCAUUGCAUCAUCUUACAUUAGAAGGCAGAACAUCAAGAAGAUCAGCACAUUCCUUCCUGCAUGGUGACCACGUGAACUGGAAAUCUUUGGACUGGGUCUUUGCUGAACCUUAAUUUGCUGAAUUUAUUUUAUUACAUUUUAUUUUGUUAGAACCAAUGAUUAGUUGAAAAAUGUCUCCACCCUGCCACCAGUGGGCGAUACUGACACAGGACUGAAACAAAAGAAGACAAAGUAAAAGAUCUGCAUGUAGAGUCUGAGCAUAUCUUCCUAAUGAAUAUUCAUAUUCUGAUAUUGCUUUAUUAAUAUGAGCUUUACUCCUGCAUAAUUGGAAGGGUUUAUCAUAACACUUUCAACGCACAAAAACACACAUAUAUGCCCACACAUUCACUACAUAUACCUCAGCCACAUUUCUUCAUCCAUGUGUUUUGUUAUGUGCCUUAAUGCAGGGAUGGCCAACUGGGGCCAUAAUGAAGAAAAUUCGUCGUUUAGGCGUGGCAUCCAUUGACAGACUCCCGUUGCCAACCCUGGCUUAACUCACACUGUAAACACAUAAACAUGCACACUGUUAAUGGAAACCUGACCCAGGAAAUAUCUGUUACAUUACAGUCAGUCUGUAUGUUAAUCUCUUACUACUGCUGAAUGUUUGCACACUAAUUUCAAUCUUGUUUCCUUUUUGUUUGUUUAAUUGCCCUGUGUUGUUUAAUGAAGUGUUGAGAAUUUGAAGAAGUGUUCUGAAUAUGAACAGGAUCAAGACGUGUCGACAUGGAGAGUCAGAUGAGAAAUUCUAGGACGCCAUAACCGUAGAAAUGCUCUGCCUCCAUCUCAACAAUAGAAAGCUUUCAGCUGCGUCGAGCACAUCUACGGACAGCUAAACGUGAAUCAGGGUAACAGGAUCUCACUGACCUCAUGUUGACCUGGUCACGUUGGGAGAGAACAGAAGUAAGCACAAGCACCUACAUACAGGCCUGUAAGAGCUGGCAUGAUAAACUCACUAUAAGUGUGUGUGUGUUUAAAUUUUUCAUUGUAAAUUCCAAAAUAGUCAAGCUUGAAUGAAGACAAAAUCAUCAUAUCAAAUAUGUUUCUACAUGGAAUAUAUAUGUAUAUGUACAUAUACAGUACCAAUCAAAAUAAAAUAUAAAAAACAUGGGAAGCUUUUGUUUGGGUGGGAAAUUUACAAUGUUUGCUUAAUACUACUGAAAGGCAGCAUUUUUAAAGGUGCCAAAGAAUAUAUAACCAUAUUUUUCGCACACCAGGUUAUAAGGCUCACUAUCAAAAAUUGUCUGUAUUAUAAGGCUUUAUGUCUAGCGGUUCGUCCCGCGUUGCUUUUUUAACACAGUAAACGCGCAGGCUACAGGCUGAUAAUACCCACCUCUGAAUGGCGAAAGAGCUAGUGCGGUUAGGGGCUAAUGCUAAGCUGUACGCUGUACUUCAGUGAAGUGGCUUUACUGCUAUUUACAAUCUGACUGAUAAAAUUAAAAAAAGCGCACUGAUGAUUUGAUGAUAAUCGUGAUAUUAUAUUUUGUAUGUAUUUGUAUGUUUGUUCACAGAAAAUAACAGUGAACAGUAUUUUAGCAAUUCAUGCAAUACCACACCAAUGCGUCGAUAACUGCGACUAGAUACACACAGUGUGAACUGCAGUAAGUGAAGAAAAAAAGUAUAUACUUCCCAAACUAUUAUUAGUAAAAAUGUAGCUUUGUUUUGCUAUUCAGUUAUCGUUAUGUCAGUGACACUGAAUGUUCUUAAAAGAACAACAAUAUUGUUUAUCGCAGUAACUUUUGGGACGAGUCUAGGAAGGUUAGCACGUAGCAUUACGGAAACAAUGUUACUGUAAUGUUCUGAAAUGUGUGACACAAUUAUGGUUUGCAUCACAUAACAUUAUUAGAAUGUUUCUCACAAAACAUUCCCUGCUAAGCAAAUGCUAAUGUUAUCAAAACGUUAAAGGUAACAUUACCAAAACUACAAAUAAAAUCACUGACAAAUUACAUUGCAGCAACAUUACCAUAAUGCCUAAGAACAUUAAAUAAAAAUGCAAGAUUUAACAUAAGAAGAACUGUGACCAGCAGAACAUUUUCUACUAACCAAAAAUUGUUAGCUGGGUUUAUGCCUUACCUGUUAGACUAGCAUUAGUUUUUUGUUUCUUAGCUUUCCUUCGCUUCCAUAUUCUUCUGAAGUAACCAUUGCAUUUAGCCUUAAUUUUUUUUUGGCUUGUGUCCGUAAUUGGCCUCUAUUUGGACCAAACUUCUUAUUACUGACUAAAACCAACAUAAGCAUGUAUAAUGGCUUAUUCUAAUAGACAUCAGUUUUGUCCAGUUUUAUCUAAUUCCACAUUAAUAAGUGUUAUAACAUCUGCAAAAUGUGUAUAAGGUUAUUGUACAUUAGGGGGUCACAAAAGGCUUAUGUAAGUAUUGUGCAGCCUUAUGAAUUCUGCCCUUCAGUAAGUAUUAAUGUUUUUUAUUUUUGUAGUUAUUUUGCUCAUAAAUUCAAUUACGAGUUUUCAGAUCAAAAUAUCUUGACUAUAAUUAAAAACAUAAACUUGUGCGCCGAGUGUUCUAGUGGUUUAACUAAAGCACUUCCACUAUGAUCUGGAGAUCGCCAGUUCGAAUCCCGGUCAUGCAGUUUGCCAUCUGCUACCAUUGUCCGGAGAGAGCACAAUUGGCGUGCAGUGAUGCUACUCGGUUGAAAAGAGACGGAGUCUUAACUUCACAUGUGUUGGAGGAGGCGUGUCCUAGUCUUCACCCUCCUUGUGUUGUGGCAUCACUUGUUAUGGGGGAUAUGCAGCUGAGUAGCAGCUGAAUGGGUGGGACAAUUGGCCUCGCUAAAUUGGGAGAAAAAAAAUAUAGAAAAAAACAUGAACUUGGAUGCAUGUUAAUUUAUGGUUUCUUCUAAAAUCCUGUGUUUAUCUGCUCCAGAGUUUGGCAAUACUUUGCUGAACAGAUUAGACAAACUGUGUUUGUGCAAUGGGUGCAAUGUUAAAAGUGAAAGCAUUCAUUAGAAUCUUCAAACUUUUGGACAUUGAGCACAAUUACAAUAAAAAAAGUACACUGAAACAUUUGACUGGUACUGUAUAUAUAACCGUAUAUGUAUCUGAAAAGAUUAAAGUGUGAAUGAGAGAUGUGUUCUGUGUUGAUUGCUGUGCACUAAAAUAAUCUGAGACUUACUCUGGCUUGUAGUGACUAUGCAUUCUAAAACCUGCUUAGGGCCACAAGAGUACAGGAGGUAGGAAGAAAGAGACCGUUUUAUACCUGCAUGCAUAUUAAACUAUUUAUUAAAACACUCUUUUAACGGAUUGCUUUGUACCAAUGUAAUUAUUUCUGUUUAGGAAGUCCUGCCUUAAUUUGCAUGUGUUAUUAAGAAAGUUGCUCAUUAAACAUUAAACUUGGAAAACCUACCAAGAAUGCUCUAAAAGUCUGAUGAAGAUACUACAGCAUUAUGUUUAACUAAUAAAAAACAGCAGAGAUGAAGCUCACUGAGUACUGAUGUCUAAAAGGACAUUUUAUUCAUGUUUAUGUAGAAAACCCUGUAUAAGUAAACUAAUAUUCUACUGAAAAAAAUCAAUAAAGUAGGUCUUGAGUUCUUAUAUA